AUGGCAGAAGGGGGCUGUGCAAAGACGGAAGAGGAGGAAGCCACGGGCUCAGAGGAGGAUCUGGGUUCGUCUCGUGGCAGCGGCGUGUGUAAAUGGUUCAACGUCCGGAUGGGUUUCGGGUUCCUGUCGAUGACCAACCGAGAUGGGACACCGCUCGAGGAGACUGUCGAUGUAUUCGUUCAUCAGAGCAAGCUGCACAUGGAGGGCUUCCGUAGCCUGAAGGAGGGCGAGGCGGUGGAGUUUACCUUCAAGAAAUCGUCUAAAGGCCUAGAGUCUGUCACGGUGACGGGGCCAGGGGGAGCACAGUGUGUGGGCUGUGAGAAGACACCUAAGGGGCAACAGAAACGACGCUCCAAGGGGGACAGAUGCUACAACUGUGGAGGACCUGACCACCAUGCCAAAGAAUGCCAGCUACCUCCUCAGCCCAAGAAGUGCCAUUGCUGCCAGAGCAUCAGCCACAUGGUGGCCAACUGUCCAAUCAAAGCACAGCAGUCCUCCCCUGGCUCUCAGGGAAUAGCAUUAUCAUUGAGGGAUGAGAAAGAGGAGCAGAGCCACGCCCCCUUACUCCCCAGGGAGAGCUCUGAUUGAUCCAUUCAAGGAUUCAGCCAAUCACAAGGUUUCAUUGUAAUGCUGCUGUUGGAACUACAUCAGGCUGUCUUUAUUUAUCGAACGAACAGAAAGAAAAUUGUACUUUUAUUGAUGCGAUAGUUGAGAUUGAGAGUUAGCUCUGUGUUUUAAUGCACAGAGAGACACAUCUAUCCACCUUCUUUGCAACUCAAAUACUUUUAGUAAUUCCUUUUUUUUUGUCAAUGAAGGUAUUCGUUCUGCAUUAGAUAAAGAAGUGUCUUAGCUUCACACUGAAACAAUCAAAACUCACUGUGUUUACAAACUGCAAUAAGCCUUGUAUUGUCAGUUUUUACCACUGUUCCUAUGUGCACUGAUCAUUUUAUUUUCCCUGCUGCAGCUAAAUCAGAGCUAGCCUACGUUGAUUUGACUGGAGAUGAUCGUGAGUGUUUUCCCCAAAACCUUUUGUUAGAAAAAGGUAAAGAAAAUACAAUCAUCCAAGUGAAUGUACAGAAAUAGAUUGUUUCUUGGUCAAAAAGGAGUGUGUCUUUCUGCUUAUUGAAAUCUUCGUUGGGUAUUAUAAGUCAUUGUGCAUUUCUUCGGCCAAGUGAAUGUUUUAACCCUUUCUGCUGUAUGAAUGUUGGUACACCAUGGAUGCCGAUAGGACUGUGUACAAUACAGCUUGUCAUAAGUGCCAUAGCCUGGCCAUUUGUCUCAUGGGUGGUUGGAUGCUGCCUCCUCCCAUGCAUUUCACAAAGCUUUGACUCAAGGCUAAUUGCUAGACCAGCGUUGAUUGUAUGACAGACUGUGUCUUUCUGUCUGUCCCAUAGCUUUCACUUUGGAUGUAGACAUGGCUUUCUAACAUAUUCUACAUAUUAGGGGUGUUUUCAUACCCUGCCCAAUACAUUACCUGUUUAUCAUUGUCUCGUUGUACUUGGAAACUAUUUAGAAAAAAUGUGCUUUCUUGGAUGGAGCUGAGUGUUUUUUGAGUGAUGAUUGAGUGCAAUGAUAAAGGGACUCAAGUGUUGAAUAAGAUGGUUCUAAGUGUAGUCUUCAUUCCUCUUUUACAGAGGUGACUGGAAUACUUUACACCACUUAAAUGGAUAUAGAUAUUGUUAUCUUUUUUAUAUUUAUUAUUUAUUCAUUGUCUUAAUUCUCUAAACCUCUAAUUGAUCCAGUAUUACAAUUUCUAGCUCAUUUCUGUUGAAACUGAAACUGGCUUUGGUUGUGGGCUCUUUAGAGCUUCAUGGUCAUAUUUAGGGGCUUCGUUUUCAGUUGACUUCGUAAUAUGUUGUGCGUAAACCAUUGCAACAAUACUCUGCACUAAUCAUGUAUGGAGUAUGAGUAUGGGCAUUUCUUAAAGAUACUGAAUAACUCAUUGAUCCUUAUGAUUGUAGCUAGGGUUUAGUUUCUCUGAAAUCCUCAUGUUGAACUCAGGGAAACCCAUUUAAAGAGGAGCUACUUUGGAAGGAGGGGUAAAGUGUAUUAUGUGUGUACCUAUAGCCUAUAGGCUGGGUUGCCGGAAAACCCAUGCAGAACAUUGAUUGCCAAAAGAGCCAAAAGGGUAAUGCACUAUUUACACGUUGCUAUGACGUUACAGUAGUACAGCUAGCUAUAUUUAAUGUUAUAUCCUAGUUUUGCUCUCUUUUUCUGAUUGAAUUGGUGAUCAAGUUGUAAGACAGCGUAGGUAUUAGAGAAUAAUGAUAUUUCCUUAGACACCCUGAGUUACUUCUCCGGUCUCUCUCUGGAAGUGGCAUAAGACCAGUCUGAAGCACCAAACCAUCUACCUCCCCACUUUCAGUGGUUAUUGUUAAUAUACAGCUUCGUCACAAUAUUAAUAUAAUGUUGUUUAGUCCCGUGUUUACUUUGCAUGGUAGUCAGUCAGUAGUUAGAAUAGAGUAGACUUUGCCUCUCCAUGUAGGAACUACAGAAUGGGCCCCUUUGUAGACAAAGCAUUUUGAUGACCAGGGUUGGACUGGCCAGUCCAUUUUUAGCCCAGUGGACCUGUCUAACUUGGUUUUUUUGGGCAAAAUGAUCAUUAUCUGGUUAAUAAUGGGUGCCUUGAGGGAAUAAAUGGCCACUGUGGGGGUUCAAGAAAAUUAAUGACCUUGUCUAUGACCUUUCAAGAGCUUGUGUUGAUGGGUAAUGACAUUUGCCAUUUGAUGUCACACAGUCAUAUGGGUUUGAGCCUAGUAUUUUAUCCCUUAAUUUAUUUAGGCUGUAAAGUCCAGACAAUGGGUUGAAUCUUUUUAUUUUAUUUAGAGUGGGUCGUGUUUUUUAUAUUACAAUGUUCUUACUAUAUGAGAACAAGACAGAAAUGCCUUGUCAAGAAUCUAUACAAGUCUACCUCAGGAUGUUUUUGAAAAUGGACAAUGACAAGAGUUUUUUUUAAUCAAGAUGAAAUUGUCCAUGAAUUUUGUGAUUUUUUAAAAAUUGUUUUCUUUUAUGUGAAUGAUUUAUUUGUUUCAGUUUGCAAUGCGAUGUGUUCUACCUCCCACAGAAAUGCUGUUGAAUGAUUAUUUACUGCUUUUAUUUUUUGUGAUUAAGCAUUUUCUGCACCAAUACAUCACAGACAUUUUUGAAUGAUUCUCUGCAUUGAUAUUAUUUUGUGUGUGUAUAACAUGAUAAUACUGAACUCAAAGCAAGAGGGGUAUAUUACUCUGCAUGUAGGUGACAACAGCGCCUCUUGAACAAAUCACCUUAUCUAUACUUACCAGGACAGGCAAACGCCCUAACAACUUCAAGCAGCCUCAAUAAACCUCUGACAUCUCUGUUGUGUUUCUGCAGACGUGUGACACUAGGCCUACUUAAAUACCAAAGCAUCAAAUAUAAACAUAUUCAGCAUAGGCUGUGGGAAAAAUACCAGUAUUUACUGUCAGAAACACAUUUGUUAAAUUUUGUGACAAAUCUGCCACUGGUCUUUUGAUACAUUAUUAUAAUGAGUUUGUGUAAGUUAUGCUUUUGCAUAUGUUUCUUUCUUAUAUGAGUUGAAAGUAUGGGUAAAAAAUAUUCUGAAUCAUUCCUCACAAAAUUAAUACCCACCUCUUUUCCCUCAUCUAUUCUUUCUUGUCACUAUCUCAAUUAGGCCUAUAUGUCAGUAUUCAAUGCAUAGAGGUAAUACACAGUGCCUUCAGAAAGUAUUCACAUCCGUUCACUGUUUCAGCAUUUUGUGUUACAGCCUGAAUUUACAGCAGAUUCAAUUUAGAUGUUGCAUUACUGGCCUACACAAAAUACCCCAUAAUGUCAAAGUGGAAUUAUGUUUUUAGAAAUGUUUACAAUUGAA